UUGGAAAUUAAAACAAAUGUAUGCAUACUAGACUAAAUUAUUCCAUUCCUCGUAUAUAUAUAACAGACCAAGUUAGAACUAAGCUUCCAACCAGAACCAAAAUCAUCAUAAUCAUAAUGAGUAGGAGAUAUGCAAGACUGUGUGUUGGCCGAGGCGUGUUUUGUUUUCCGGUCCAUUCCCCGACUCUGGGAUCAAAAUCGAAACCCAAACCCGCCUCUAGAAGCAUUAGACGUUCCUCCUCCUAUUCCAUCAAAACAGAUCAGUUUCUGAGCAAUAGCAGUGAUGAUUUUGGUGAAGAAAUCAGAGUCAAAAAUGGGGAUGAGAUGGGGAACAAGAUAAUGGUGGUUGUGGAUUCGAGCCUUGAAGCCAAAGGAGCUCUUGAAUGGGCACUGUCCCACACUGUUCAAACUCAGGACACCAUUGUGCUUCUUCAUGUAGCUCAGCCCUGCAAACAAGGUGCAGACCCAAAUGCGAAGAAGCUUAACUUAAGAGCUUUUGAGGUUCUUCACUCUAUGAAAAAAGAAUGUCAAAGGAGGAGGCCUGGGGUGGAAGUUGAGGUAGCAUUGCUUGAAGGGAAGGAAAGAGGUGCAAUAAUUGUGGAAGAAGCAAAGAAACAAAAGGUGUCUCUACUUGUUCUUGGGCAAAGAAGAGAGAGGUCAAUGUGGUGGGAGCUAAUCAAGAGGUGCUGGACAAGUAGGCGAAGGAGAAGAACAUCCGGAGGCGGUGAGGUUGUGGAAUACUGCAUACAAAAUGCCGGAUGCAUGACGAUUGCGGUCAGGAGAAAGAGCAGAAGACUUGGAGGGUACUUGAUCACCACCAAGCUUCACAAGAACUUCUGGCUUCUGGCUUAAGUUAGUUUCCUUCAGAUUACUCUUUUAGAUAAUGGAUGUGAGUGCUGUGCUUGAAUAACGAUGGAUGUCAAUGAAACCCUUGUACUUUGAACUUCAUGCAGUGUAUGAUUUUCUAUGCAGCUUCAGACUUCUGAGUAUUGAAUUGGUACAUUGCAGAGACAAAGUGCAACUGAAAAUUAGUGUACAACUAGGCAUGCCAUAGUCGAAGAUUUGAAGAAUCAUCUAAAGCGUGUAAAGAUAAUGCAUCGUGAUUAGAUUAAUCACAGAGAUUAAGAAAUCCAGUUGACUUUGUAUUGC